AAAUAACGUGUCGUUUUCAAUGUAAACAAACAAAUUGAAUGCCAUUUCCUCCUCUUCUGGUCUCGCAUUCACCCAUUCAUUGAUUGUCUUCUUCGCCACCAAACACUAGUGUCUCAAACCGUGUCCAGCGAUGGGAGCCGUGUCUUCGUGUUGUCUGCCAAACAAGUCCGACGACGAGAUCAACGAAAGGACACACAUUCUCGACAAUCCGAUCGCUUCGCCCGAAGGUCUCAAUGACUCGCAUUACAACCUCUCGCCGUCAGUCAUGUCUCCCUCUUAUGGGGCACUCAAUGGUCGCACAGAACAGAACCAACUGAACAACACUUUGCAUAAACUGGUCGCCAAA